AGAUGGCGGCCGCCACGUCACUGCCGCCCCGCAGCGAUGGCGGCCAUGGCGGCGCGGGGAGCGGAGGCCGAGGCUCUUUUCGAGGCUCACACAGCGGCGGAGCUGCGCGAGGCGGAGCGGCGGCUGCGGGCCGGCAUCGAGCAGAAACGGGAGGAGCUGCGGCAGAUGGUGGGCGAGCGCUAUCGCGACCUGAUCGAGGCGGCCGACACCAUCGCCGAGAUGCGGCUGAGCGCCGAGCGGCUGCUGAGCUCCGUGCGGGGCCUGCAGCGCGGCGGGGUGACGCGGCCCGGCCCCGCUCCUCCGGCUCCGCCGCGGGUGCAGGAGAAGCUGUACCGGGCAGCAGCCCAGCUGAAGCUGCUGCUGGAAAUCCCCGAGCGGGCGUGGAGCGCCAUGGAGGCCGGGCGCUACCUGCCCGCCGCCCGCCUCUACCUGCUGUGCCGCCACCUGCACGGCCUGCUGCACCUCGACGCGCCCCGCGCCCGCUACAGCCCCAUCCUCGCCCGCUUCCCCAUCCUGCUGCGGCAGGUGGCAGCCGCCAGCCAUUUCAGAUCCACCAUCUUGCAGGAGAGCAAGUCUCUGCUGAAAUGCCAGACUGUGUCAGACCAGGCGGUGGCAGAAGCCUUGUGUGCCAUCAUGCUCCUGGAGGACAGCUCCCCACGCCAGGCCCUCGCAGACUUCCUUCUGGCCAGGAAGUUGGCAAUCCAGCAGCUUCUCAACCAGCCACACCACGGUGCAGGUAUAAAAGCUCAGGUGUGUUCACUGAUGGAGCUGCUAACCACUACCCUGUACCAGGCUCAUGCACUCUUCUACAUGAUGCCCGAAGGAGUGCCACCAGAUCCAGCCCUACCCUGUGGCUUACUUUUCUCCACCCUGGAGAGCACUACAGGCCAGCAGCCAGCAGGGAAAGGUGGAGUCCUGGAGGAUGAGGUGAAGCUGAGCAGCUGGUUCAGGUACCUCCCAGAGUCUGUGGUGGAGUUCCAGCCAACUCUGCGGACCCUGGCACACCCCAUCAGCCAGGACUAUCUCAGAGACACGCUGCAGAAGUGGAUUGCCAUGUGCAGUGAGGAUAUCAGGGCUGGGGUCAGCAACCUGCUGGUCUACGUGAAGAGCCUGAAAGGCCUUGCGGGGAUUCGUGAUGCAGUGUGGGAGCUGCUCACAAGUGAGUCCAUAAGCCAGAACUGGGAUGUGUUGUGCCGUCGCCUUUUGGACAAGCCUGCUUCCUUUUGGGAGGACCUGCUGCGGCAACUCUUCCUGAACAGGCUGGAGGUACUGACUAAAGAGGGGUUUGAAUCCAUCUCCAGCAGCUCCAGACAGCUUCUCAUCUUAGCCCUGCAGGAACUUGAGGUCAAAUCCAACACCUCUGCCUUGAGCAAGCACGUCCAGUUUGAACACAAUGUGGCCCAGUUCCUGUGGUCAGAGAGCUCCAGCGAUCUGCCUUCGGACGCUGCCUGGGUCAACGUGGCGAACCGCAGCCAGUUUGCCAAGAGCGGCCUGUCCAUGAAGGCCCAGGCACUCACGCCAUGCGUGCAGAGCUUCUGUUCGGCUCUGGACUCGAAGCUGAAAGCCAGGUUGGAUGACCUCCUGUCCUACCUUCCUGCAGAGUCUUCAGCCACCAAGGAGCCCACUCCCACCCUGCAGCCUCGCUCGGCUUUCGACCGCUAUGCUGACACCAGCAUGGUGGAGGGGCUGCUCCGCGACCACUGCAUUGCCUGCAUCCACCACGUGCUGGGCUGCGUGCGUGAAGAGCUCCAGGGUGCACAGAGCCUGCUGGGGGGGCAGGAGGAUGCUCCCAGCGAUGCCAGGCUCCAUGCUGUCCUUUUCAUGGCCAGGCUCUGCCAGUCCCUGACCGAGCUUUGCCCUCACCUCAAGCAGUGUAUCCUGGGCCAGUCAGGCAGCACAGAGACGGCACUGAAGGAAACCCGCUCCACCAAGAAGCUGGGGAAGGGGAAAGCCCAAGAAGUUAAUCCCGUGCAAGCCAAGUGGCAGGAGGUGAAAGCAGAACUCCUGCAGAAGAGCCUGGCUGCUUACCAGAUCUGGAGCUCCACUGUCACCAAAGCUCUGGUUCAGUGCUUUACUCAAACAUUGCUGUUAGACACAGCUGGUUCUGUCUUGGCUACAGCCACCAGCUGGGAUGAGAUUGAAAUUCAGGAGGAGGCAGAGUCUGGAAACAGCGUCACAUCGAAGAUCCGUCUGCCUAUGCAGCCAUCCUGGUACGUCCAGUGCCUCCUCUUCAGCCUGUGCCAAGAGGUGAACCGAGUCGGCGGGCACACUCUGCCGAAGGUCACCUUGCAGGAGCUGCUGAAGGCCUGCAUGGCAGAAGUGCUUGCUGCCUAUGAAAAGCUCAUGGGGGAGAAGCAGGACAAGAAAGCAGGCACCUUCCCCAUGACGCAGAACAGAGCUCUGCAGCUACUCUACGAUCUGAGGUACCUGAAUAUCAUCUUGACAGCAAAGAGCGAGGAAGCAAAAACCAGCAGGAUCAAGCACGACUCCAGGAUCGAGAAGGUGACUGAUUUCCUGGAGGGACACAUUGAUCCAUUUGACUUGGAUGUUUUUACACCACACUUAAACAGCAACCUUAAUCGCCUGGUUCAGCGAACCUCUGUUCUCUUUGGCUUGCUGACUGGGGCAGAGAACCAGUACACAAGCAGGAGUGGUGCUCUCAGCUCCCAGGAGUUCCAUAAUAUCUUGCCCUUAGCAUCCAGCCAGAUCAGAUUUGGACUUCUGCCGCUGAGUAUGUCAAGCUCACGAAAGACUAAAUCUGCUACCAGGAACACAGAAAGAGUUCAGGUUCCACCUCCUGCACUCACGAGAGCAGAAGACGAGGCCUUGCGCCCUGGCUCCUUGUUCAGGCAGCUUGUAACUGAGGAGGAAGACACAGCUGCACCUUCUCUCUUCAAGCUGGGAUGGCUUUCUGGCAUGACAAAGUGAUUCAAUAAAAGAGUUUGUCUGUGCA